AUGGAAUCUCCGGUGAGAAUAUACUUAGGUGCGGCAGUAGUAGUAAAUAUACUACUUUUGACGAGCACAACAGUUAAUGGCAGCGCUUUGCCACACGAAACGAACCGAACGACAAUAACAGACGAAAAUACCACCAAAUACAACCGAAUGAAUAGUACAUGGUCCGUUAAUAAUAAGACACCAGAUGUAGCUCUGAAUGAGUUACACCCUAAAGAAUCCGCUUCUGAAGAACACACUGAAAAGAAUGCUAAAUAUAAAGAUAGAGGAAGGGUAAAAUUCCAUUCCCAAUUAAGAUCUAGUACAGAAAGCACAUUAAGGAGGAUUAGGUCAUCCACCGAACCUGCUAGUUUAGUAAUUGUAACUCCUAAACCUGAUAGCAAGAACUCGUCACAAAUAGACAGUAUGCGAACUUACAAGACUAAAGCACCAGAUUUAGCUUCAAGUACCAGUACUUCUGCGACUAUGUUAUUUAAAGCUGAGAAAGAGAAUCAGAGAUCAAAAGACAAUGAUAAGGAGAGGGAAGAGGAGGAAGAAGAAGAAGAAGAGGAAGACGAUGAAGAUGAGAAAAAGAUCGAAAAGGAUGAAAAGGAAGAUGAGGAAAACGACGAAAAGGAUGAAAAGGAAGAUGACGAUAAGGAUGAAAAGGAAGAAGAGGAGGAAGAAGAAAAAGAAAACAUUGAUAGUUUUAAGAAAUACACCUCAAGCAAAUUCUAUGGGAGCAACUUAUUUAAUAUACACGAUAAUGAUUAUAAAAAUAAUAAGCACAAUCAAGUUAAGGACGAUACCAGUACGCCGUCUUUUGAAAAAUACUCAAGUUACUUUUCUAAAGAUAACUACAGAUCAAAAGAAAGUAAAAACGACGAUCCUUAUAAGUCGCAAAGUUUCUUCGAUUUUGAUAGUGAUCUUACAACUCCAAAGAAUAAUUUCUUCGAUCAAAAAUACCACGAAAUAUCCACUGGUAUAAUGAAAAAUCUAGCCUCCAUGAAGGGCCAAUCUCAUUUAAAUGAUAGUAGUCCUCAAAACAUUAUUAAAAAAAACGUGGGCAUCGAGAAAUUUAGCAAUGGGUCACCAAAUAACAAAUCAAUGGUAAUAAUUAAAAAUACCAAAGAAAUUCGCGUCCUUGAUAAUGACCAGGCUGGUUCGGCCAACAGAGAAUUAUCUGAUGUUCAUGGUACUAGUAUUUACUAUGAAAUGUCGGUGCUAUCAACAGAGACAUACAAUAUCAACCACUCUAGCGACGAUGAUUGUGAAAAUGAAACAUUGCCUCUAGAAACGAUGGCAAGAGGUACGUCUCAACAAGUGCAGGAUGCAUCUUUCAAAGCUACACAACCUACCAUAGCGCAAGUUCCAACUAAACCAGUCUUUUCAGACUUAUUACCUGGUUCUUUUUCCACAUUACAACCGCUUUUGAGUGUCACUCCAAAUUCAUAUAAUACUAUAACACCAAUGCUUAAAUCAGGGAUUCCAAUUUCUACUCAAACUUCAAUACGAUUUACUGAUCGACCAAUCAAAGUGAACUCAAGUAGCUUUACGAGAAACCGAAGUUACUCGAAACGGUUAAAUUUAACAGGUACCAAAGAAUCUCCUAAUAGCGUUACUCAGCAAACCGACCAAACGCUUAAUUUGGGACAGAGACCUUUAACAAGGAAGUUUUAUUACACCACACCAAAAGUUAAGCCUAUAUGGAUGUCUCCUAGAAGAAAUGUUACUAAAGCUUACAAGACAACUUAUCCAACAACGAUAUAUGCAGAACAUUUCAAUAUCAAAGAUAAGUUUUCGACUACAAGCCGUCCAUCAUCACACCAAAAAACAAUUUUGACAACUGUGCCGUCGGAUAUUGACCCAGUGUUACAAAGCGACGUAGGUGGCGUUAAGAAAGUAGUCCACUCACAGAUAAUAUCUGACAAUACAAUACCUUCAUUGUGGAAAAGGGGUUCGAUGAAGAUUACAACUGCUAUGCCAUCGACGGAGUUCGAAACAAGCGUAAGUGACUUGGAAAUACCUCCGACAAUGACUGCUUGGGCACUGGCUAGCUUAAGGAGUCCACCGCCAUUGUCUAGUUCAGUAGUGAAUGUUAGCGGAUCGAGUCAGAAAAGCGUCGAUGAAAAUGAACUGCAGAAAGUCGGUGAAGUUUUAGACAAAAGAGAAACAACCACGGCCUCGACAAAAACAACAACAACAUCUUCUACGGUUAGUGCCCUUAGUAAUGAUAUAAUUUCAAAGAAUAUUACUGAUAUUGACCAAAAUAAAUUACCUUGGAAGCCAGUUGCAUCAAAUGUUGAAGUAAAUUAUGAAACAGUAACAAAAUCUGAGCGACUACCAGCUGAAAGCAACAUAUUGAUACAAGGUAAUCUUAAGCCUUCUGAAACUAUACAUCUAUCGCAAAAUAUAACAGAAGCUUCUACGGGAAUAGUUAAAGACCACCAAACAACACCAUCUUGGAUUUUGGCAAUGUAUGAUAAAGAUAUUACAACUACAGAAGAGAUGAGACAGACUGAAGAAGAAACCAUUCAACCAGUUGAUACAACAAAGUCAACUGGUUUCGAAUCGAUAACGAAACUACCAUCGGGAGUUACGACGCCUACCGAUGAAAAUAACGAAAUCGUCACUGAACAACCCAAAGCUGAAACUACCACUGAUUACGAAAUCACAACUAUUAGGUUCUCCUAUGUUCCUACUGAAGAUAUAACAGAAACUCAAACACCAAUAUCAAAUGAGGAUUGGCAUCCAGUGAUACCUACCAGAACUAUAGCAACUACGUUUGAAAACAAUCCUAUUACCACAUACAGGCCAACAUUUUUGACGACAACUGAAGAGAUCAAAGAAACAACCAGUGUACCUAUAGAUACUACCCCACAGUUAGAAAUAUCCUCGCAAACUUUAGAGAAUGCCACGCAACAACUAUCGCAAACUAUCGAGCAAAGUACUACUGAGCAAAUAACUACACCUCAAACGACUACUUUAAUACCUAAGAUCAAACACACAACUAGUGUACCAAUAGAUACUACCCCACAGUUAGAAAUAUCCUCGCAAACUUUAGAGAUUGCCACGCAACAACAAUCGCAAACUAUCGAGCAAAGUACUACUGAGGAAAUAACUACACCUCGAACGACUACUUUAAUACCUACAAUUGAAUCCACUACAGACUACCAAGAAACGACUCUGGUUGACACUACACCUGCAACGUUAAUAGAAACAGAAGCAACGACAGAAGAAAUUAAACAAAAUUCAGAAUAUCACGAAACAGUGACACCUUUUGCAGAAAAACAAACGGACAGUAGUUCAGAAGAAAAUAGUGACAGUAACGAAGUUAUUUCACAAGACACUAUUUCUAAAACUUCUACAUAUGAUACUCCCACAACCACUAUCACGACGACAAUGAAAACUGAAUCAACAACUGUACCAAUAACAACUACUACACAAACUACUUUACCUGAAAUCAAAGAACAUGAAGAAAUCAUCGUUACAACAGACCGUAAAGUGGAAACAACUGUUUACACAACAACUGAGAUAACAACAAAAUCUGUUAAUGAGUUAGAAGAUUUGACGAGCUACGCUGAUGAUGUGACCACGGAAACAUCUUCUCAAGUACUGACAGACGAAGCCGGAUCCGGGGCAGCUAUCGCCAUUGCUGUUAGCACGAUUGGUGUUAUAGCUUUAGUUCUCCUCGUAGGAUUACUGCUGGUAGUCCGACGUCGUGGCAGGCGCGGUGUUUACGCGCAGCGAUGUACCCCGGUGUCUCUGGACGCGUACAGCCUAGACAGCGUCAGUGUGGGCCACAGGAAAGGCAACCAUCGCCUGCGUGCCAGCAAGAGAAGCUACGGCAACCCGGCUUAUGAUGACGAGGUCACCUCCCAUCCAAUGCAGUAUCCGGCUUUAGCUAACUUCGCUUUAGACGUCGAGUCGAUUUCAGCGGAGUUCGCGGAGAUACCGUCUGUGUCGGUGCGUCCCGAGGAAGUCCCUGCGGGCUGCGAGGAUAAGAAUCGCUACUCCAAUGUUCUACCCCUGCCCGAAACCAGAGUACCACUGAGGAGGAUCGGGAACGAUCCCACCACUGAAUACAUCAAUGCUAAUUACGUCACGGGUCCUGGCAGCAUACGCAACUAUUAUAUACUCUGCCAAGCGCCGAUGUCCAACACCGUGGUGGAUUUCUGGCGCAUGAUCUGGGAGCAGAACUCCCGGGUCAUUGUUAUGCUCACGGAGUACAUGGAAAAUGGGGUGGAGAAGUGCUACGAAUACCUACCACCAUCUGAGGUGUCGGACAACAAGAGGACCUUCGGGGACUACCAGAUCAUCCUAAAGAAGCGGGAGCAACGUGACAAGUACGCCAUCUCCACCGUGCAGCUUAUUAACACGAGCACCAGAAGUUGGCGGGAACUCACCCACCUCUGGUACUUCUGGCCGGCGAAAGGAGUCCCCGACGAUUACGACUCUGUCAUUGACUUCCUCUCGGAAAUGAGGAGUUACAUGAAGAUCUCACAGACUGCCAAAGAAUAUGACGAGGAAGGUGUGGAAGUGAUCUACGGCGAUCAGAGUAGAUCGUCAUACAAUAACUUGUCGAAGCUUCGCAGCGAUGACAACCCCUCUGGGAACGGGGUUAAUGUUUACUCCCCAGCAAGGGCUGAGGAAUUAUUGAGGAGGGCUAAUAACGGGACUCUAGGCAGAAUGAAAGCUGCUUCGGAUAUUGAGGGCGUGCGGCCGUGCGUGUGUGUGUGUGCGACAGGCGCGGGGAGGUCGGCAGCUCUCGUGGCACUGGACGCUUGCGCGCGGGCGCUGGCAGCCGGCGCGGCCGACGUGCCGCGCGCCGUGCGCGAGCUGCGCGCCCAGCGCCCGCACGCGCUCGCCAACCGCCACCACUACAUCUUCCUCUACAAGGUACUCAGUGAAUAUGGUAACAAAUUAAUGGGAGUUGGAGUGGACACCAUCUGA